AUGACCUCUUUCCUCCGUGGCAAGCAAGCCGGCAUCUCCGGCGACCUAUCCCUCGGCAUCGACCCCUCCACGAUCCAACUCGACGACUUCGCGCGCUAUGGCAUCAACUCCCAAGUCUCUACCUUCGCCUACGACCCUACACACUCUCUCCUUGCGGUCGGUACCAACGACACGCGCUUCGGUCGCGGACAGAUCUACAUCUUUGGUCGAGGCCGAGUAUGCGUCACCUUACCUCUACCACGUCAAGGCGCCUCUGUCCGCGAGAUCCAGUUUUGCGGCGAGAAGCUCGUGGUGCUGGACAACAAGAACGAUAUCAGCAUCUUCAGUCUAGUGGAGAAGAAGUUGAAGACUACGUAUGCGCCUCCGGGGCAUGUGACAUGUAUGGUCACGGAUCCAAGUCUGGACUAUUGCUUCACGGGAUUGAGCAAUGGCGAGGUGGUGGCAUACGAUCUGGACAGGGAGGGCAUGACCGCGUAUAGGAUACCGAAUCUAUGGAGGGAGGGAGGCAUGAUGGGCCCGGAUCCACGGCGGGCAAGAGGGGUCGUUCCGGUGGUGACAAUACAGUUUCAUCCGAGGGAUAUAGGGAAAGUGUUGAUUGGGUAUAGCGAUGGGGCAUGCACGUACAGCUUCAAGCAGAACAAGGCGCAGGUCUUCAUGAAGUACGAGGUGCCGCGUGGCGCUCCUGGUGGAGACGGGAAUUCUGGAAGAGACGUCAGGUCUCCGAGGUUGACGCAUGCGGUCUGGCAUCCUACGGGCGCGUUUGUCCUGACGGCGCACGAUGACGGAAGCUUAGUGUUUUGGGAGCCUGGCAGUGGGCGACUUUUGGCCGCCAGGACGAUACAAGACAUCGACAUCAAUGUGCCAGGUAGCAGACGCGCCCCAACGAUGAUCCCGGGAAGUCCGCUGGAGCCGACGAGUCCUGGCGGAAGUCUGCUGAGAGAUCCGUACAAGCGGAUAGUGUGGUGCUCGAAGGAGAACCCAGAUGACACAGGCAUUCUGGUUGCUGGUGGCUCGCAGGGGAGUAGUCCUACCAAGGGUCUGAGCUUCAUCGAACUCGGAGCUACGCCAGUGUAUCAGACAUCGAGUUGGGAUGCGCUGAGUAAUCACUUCCGCAAUCCGAGAAAGGUGCAUGUUUUGCCCACGCCACCAAAUGCUGAAGUGGUGGAUUACCUCCUCAUACCCAGAACGAGUCCAUACUACAACGGUGGGCAUGAUCCAAUAGCGGUGUUGGUAACCAUGACAAGUGGCGAGCUCCUGACGAUGAGUUUUCCUAGUGGACAUCCUAUCAAUCCGACGACGCAUCUCAGCGUACAUCUCAGCUUCUUGCAUCCUUUUGUCACCAAAAUAGCAUUGGCGUCGUUUGACCGGACUAGAUGGUUGGGCACGAGGGAGUCACGACAGCAUGGCCCUCUGUUUUUGCAGGGCGGAGUGGAGGGCACAAGACCAAUGAAGAGAUUCGAGAACCGGAACGUGAUACAGACUGCUCAUGCGGACGGAACGAUACGAGUCUGGGAUGCUGGGCACGGCGAUGCGAUCGAAAAUGGUAUCAUCGUUCAGGCGGACCUCGGCCGGGCUCUCGCUAGGUGGGACAAUUUGGACGUCGCAGCGAUGUCUAUGUCCGGUGCGUCCGGUGAGCUCGCCGUAGGUCUACGAUCAGGAGAGCUAGUGGUCUUCCGAUUCGGCAACAACAAGGACGCCGGUCGUCCCUCUAUAGACGAGGACAGGCAGGGUCCUCCGCCUGGCCAGAUGAAGGAUGUCUCGCGACGAGUCGAUCCAGCAUUGAAAGCAGGACUCUUACCCAUGACGAUGUGCAACGAUCAACAAGGACCAGUGACGGCGAUAAAGCAGUCAGAUGUGGGCUUUGUGGCGGUCGGGUAUGUCAGUGGGGGUUUGACAAUCAUUGAUCUACGAGGACCCGCGAUCAUUCACACGCAGAUGUUGUCAGAUGUCAAGCACGAGAGAAACAAGCGAAUGAGUGUCAGAAGGAGUAACAGCGACAAGCCAUCAUCUGCAGAAUAUGCUACGGCGCUUGAAUUCGGCGUGAUGACGCUCGAGCAUGAUGACUACUCCUCGAUAUGCCUAUUCGCCGGAACGUCUCGAGGCAGAGUACUGACUUUCAAGAUCUUGCCCUCCCAGUCUGGGCGCUACUCAGCUGCACAAGCUGGGGUCGCUCAGAUUUCCGACGAUCGCGUCGUCUCCAUCAGCGCCAUAGAUGCUCGCUCCGGCAGCCCCGCGUAUGCCACGGGCCAUGCGGUCGGCGGCCUUGCUCAGGGACUCAGAAUCGACGGCUCUCUCGUCGUCUGCACCAUGGGCUCAGCACACAUCUUCAAGCCCGCCUCGAGCAAAGGCGCAAGCAAGACCUUCGACGGCGGGUUCUGCGACUCCGCCAAUGUCGCGCAGUUCGAAACCAAGGGCUUCGCCCUGAUAGCACUGUUUGGUGAUGGCACGGUCCGCGCUUUCUCGCUGCCUGGUCUCAAAGAGAUCAAUGGCCAAAGAAUCAACCAUGUCAUGGACACGAAGCGCUUCAGCGAUGCCAUCAUCACAGGUACAGGCGACAUCAUAGGCUUCAGUGGACCAAGCGAGAUUGCUGCGCUGAAUGUGUUUGGAACCGGACUGACACUGCCAUUGAGCUCGGACGUAAUCUACGAUCCGGCGAAACCCAUCCCUCCACGGCCGACAAUUAGCAACCUGCAGUGGAUUGCAGGAACACAAUACAUUACGCCACAAGAUCUAGAUUUCUUGAUCGGCGGACCAGACCGGCCGCCUUCGAAACGAAUGCUAGCCCAGAUGCGCGCUGAGAAGGAUGCCGAGAUGCAGCGCGCUAGAGACGACGCUAUCGGCAGGCGGAGAGGUGGGACACCUGAUAGUAUGUCUGGCAGCUCGGGUAGAAACCGCACAGCUGGAACACGGAACGAAGGAUGGGGCGAAUAUAUGACAAGACAAAUACAGGAGCGGACGGAGCAGCUGGGCUUUGCGGAGAGCAGUAUGGAUCGAGCCGCGAAGGACAGCGAAGAUUGGAGUCAGGGAGUCAGUAAGUUUGUCGCGAAGCAGAAGCGGCAGGCUGCUAUGGGGUAUAUUGGGAAGCAAUUCGGGCUUUGA